AUGACUGACCCAAAGAAACUUGAGGUGGCUAGAAAUUACCCUAAACCGAGAAACAUAAAGAAAGUAAAACAGUUUCUAGGAUUUGUAGGCUACUACAGGCAAUUUGUCAAAAAUUAUGCACAAAUCGCCGAACCGCUCUUAAGGCUUUUAAAGGCGGGCACUGCAUUUAAAUGGGGUGACCAAAAGGAGCAGGCGCUUAAAACUCUCGUAGAUACACUGUGCAGUGGACCUGUACUCAUUGCCCCAGAUUUGGAAAAGUCCUUUAUUGUUACAACGGACGCAUCAGAUUACACGAUUGGAGUGAUUCUUAGCCAGGAAGAGAUCGGAAAAUAUAAACCGUGCGAGUAA